UUAAGAAAGCCUGGCGAUUCUUUCAGAAAUUGUAACGAUCUGAUUUCUUCUGGUUUGAGCAGCGCGCUUGCUAGCUUUAUUUUUUAAGGUGAGUGGGGGUCCAGCAGUUUUGUCGGGAACAGUACUGAUAGUGACAGAUUAUUAUUGUUGGGUGUCCAUGCAAGACUUGGGGUGAAAACAUGUCUGGCCACUUCUCUGAGGGGAUUAUUGCUAUCAGAGAUGGCAUUUUGGUCCAGUACUUCAGUUUUCACCGCUAAAGUGCCUCGGAAAAUCUUAUUCAUGUUUACCCUCUCCCUCUCCAUCACCUACUUGUUCUAUAGCUUGAUGAACUGUUAUAACUCGUUACAGUUCCCGCUGCAGGAAAACUACGUGUACCAGGGGAGGCUAGUGACAGUGGAGACAACUUUCCUGACGAUUAGGGAGAAACUUUAUUCCACCACGUCUCAGGGUUAUUUCACGGAGGAGCUGGUAGAACGUACCUCCACCGAGCAGACGGUCGCCGGUUACGCAGUCUCCGUGGUCGACCGGGAAGAUAAUGUGGAAAUCGAGCAAAAGACGGCGGAAUGGAUCAGAACACAAUCACAUCCGACUAAAGCGAAUGCGGGGUUUCAAAAUACAGUUCUGGAGAGGGAGCGCCGGGAAUCCAGCACCACAGCCGAGGAACUCAGCAGAGGGGUGAAUUGCACCUCGGAUUACGGGGAGAAAAAGUUGCCCCAAGCCAUCAUAAUCGGAGUGAAGAAAGGAGGUACCAGGGCUCUUUUAGAAGCGCUAAGGGUCCACCCCGACGUUAGGGCAGUUGGGAAUGAACCCCAUUUCUUUGACAGACACUACGACAAAGGAAUGGAUUGGUACAGAGACCUGAUGCCUUCAACCCUGGAGGGCCAGAUCACCAUGGAGAAGACGCCCAGCUACUUUGUGACCAACAGCGCCCCCAAGCGCAUCCACUCCAUGGCGCGGGACAUCAAACUGAUCAUCGUGGUCCGUAACCCCGUGACCCGGGCCAUCUCCGACUACACCCAGACCCUGUCCAAAAAGCCCGAGAUCCCCACCUUCGAGGUGCUGGCCUUCAAGAACAGGACGCUGGGGCUCAUCGACGCGUCUUGGAGCGCCCUCCGCAUCGGGAUCUACGCCCUGCACCUGGAGACCUGGCUGCAGUACUUCCCCCUGGCCCAGAUGCACUUCGUCAGCGGCGAGAGGCUCAUCACCGACCCCGCCGGGGAGCUGGGCCGCGUGCAGGACUUCCUGGGCCUCAAGCGCAUCGUCACCGACAAACACUUCUACUUCAACAAGACCAAGGGCUUCCCCUGCCUGAAGAAGCCGGAGGACAGCAGCACCCCCCGCUGUCUGGGCAAGUCCAAGGGCAGGACUCACCCCAGCAUAGACCCUGACGUCAUAUGCAGGCUGCACAAAUUUUACAAACCUUUCAACAUGAUGUUCUACCAAAUGACCGGGCAGAACUUUGAGUGGGAGCUGGAAGGCCAGCAGUGACCCCCCUCCCCAAAACUCCCAGAUGCCUACAGUAAUGCACCAAGUCGUAACAUUCAUAAUCUAAGGAAUAUACAGUGAGCUCCAUAAUGUUUGGGACAAAGUGAUAUUUUCUCUCCACUUGUGGCUAAAUUGCACAUUCCGAGCUUUGAUUCAGGGCAGGGGUCACCAACCCUUUGAUUGAGGCUCACUUUGUUAAGGUUGGAGCGAAAACCUACAGGACGUGUAGAUCUCCAGGAACAGGGUUGGUGAUUUAGAGGUAUUUCUUAUACACUGGUUUCACCAUGUAGAAAUUUGAGCACUUUUUAUACACCCCCCCCCCCCCCACACUCUUUCUCUCAGUGUAUUCACCAUAAAGUUUGGGGCAUGUAAAUGAAAUUAGUCCUGCAAUGACUGCUUAAAAUAAGUGGCCCAUAAACACCACCAAAUGCUGACUAUCUACUCCUGUGCUGCAACCAUCUUCAGGUUCUGCAUUUUAAGUACUUGCCUAAACUAAUGUGGCCUUCCUGUUUUUGCAGCUAACUUGUGGUUUGCAUCUUGCAGUGUCGCCUACGUAGUUUUGUUCAUUAAGUCUUGUGCGGACUCCUGAGGAGUGUUCCUGAUCUGUCUGACAGGUUUUGAAGGAUUUCAUUAUGGUGAGAAGCAUCAUCUGUGGAGGUUCUCCUUAGCUUUUUACAAUUACUCACCAGUGCUCUCUUUCUUCUUAAUGAUGUUCAAAUCUGUCUAUUUGGAAGGCCUAUUGUUUGGCCUAAGACUGUUGGUUUUGUUUUUUUUCUCAGCCUCAUAAUGGUUUCAAUGAAUGACUUACAUUGGCACAACUCCUUAUGUUGGCAAACACCAGUAACACACGCCUAAGACAAUCAUGUAAUGUAAAAAGCCUAGCAUCAAGACCAGAUACUGAAAGUUCUCGUAUACCUGCACUAAGGAAACAAUUGAACACAUCUGACUAAUCAGAAACAUGUGAAGCCACUUGUCACAAACAUUAUGGUGCCCUGAAAUAGGGAUACUAUGCAUAAGAAGUUCUGUAAUUUCUAUAUGGUGAACCCAAAAUGCAUAAAAUAUUGUUUAAUUAAAGCAGAGAAUAUGCACUUUAACCACACGUAAAUUGAUUGAUUAAAAAUCUAAAAUUGUGGAGUACUGAGCGAAAUCAACAAAAAAAUGUCUUUGUCCCAAUCAUUAUGGAGCUUACUGUGUUCUCAAAAAAUUGAUUAUAUGCUGCAUGCAUUGGAAAAUGUAUAAAUUACUGCCGCUGUGGUUUAUCUAACUUUAUACACGUACAACAGAAUACAUUGUAAAAUUAGCAAGGAGGGCAGCACAUUUUUUUUUUUUUCAUGUCUAUAGGAAGAGGGUUAGACCAAGGUUAGAGGUCUGUGAGUCUGGUUUGGGGAAACAGUUUGCACAAGAGCCAGUAAAUCUGAAAGUUGUGAGGAGACAUUUUUUUUAAAGGGGAUUUGAUUUUUGUGUGACCCAUAUUGUAAAAUAUAUUGUAAAAAUAAAACAAGAAAAUGAAAAACAGUGGCAAUAUUUUAUAUGUUUUGUAAUAUAUGCUGUAUAUUUUGUCACCUUCAAAUAUGUAUUCCUUAUUUUGUAUUUCAUGCUCAGUCUGGGAUAAUUAACAUAAUUAACAGGUAAUUUUUCAAAAAAGGGUUGAAAGGCUGUGGCAGCAGAGAAGCUCCCUACCGUACAGAAUAUUAUCCAGAGACACAAUCUUUGACAGAACAUGAAAACUAGAAUUAACUUUGCUUUGCAAAACGUUCCAUCCAAUCCUUCACUGAACAGGUAUGAGUUUGCCAGUCUAAAGUCAGUGGUGGUGACAAUCCCUUGUACAUACGUAUAAUGCAUAAAAUAUAUUUUUAUUGGGAAAACAGGCAAUGAUAUUCUCUUUUUUUAAACAAACUGGUAAAAUUGUAGUAUUCAGUUCAAUCAGCUUGCAGCAGUGGGUGCAGCUAAUUAAGUGUCCUUAUAAACAAAAUGGCUCCUGCAACAUUGUGAAUAGAGGAGACCUACAGAGAGCCUCUUGCCCAAAAUGUCCAUGUUAAAUUAUGAACUCUGUUAAAGCAUAACUGUGUCUUUGUUCAGUUUUGCAGUACUGCUCCGUGCCGGUAACAAGGCUGUAUAAACAUUUAUGAGGUGCUGUUACUUCACGUUUGUUUGCAUGCUUGGCUGAAAGUUGGAGAGCUCACAGACAGCAGUGGUAUUUCAGUGAACACACACUUGUACGGACCUCUCUGUUCCAGAAGAACUGACUUGCAGGUGUGUCUUAUGUACGUGACUCUGCCCACAUUAAAUGUUGCUUCUUUCCA